GACGCUAGCUAGCUUCUACAAAGUGGAAUGCUGCUUGCUGAAUUGUGUAGCCUGCAUGUGUACGUGUGAGUAAACGUUCGACUUGUUUGUUGUUUUGAACUCACUGCUGCAGCCACUGCCUACUCUGGUAUAGACACGUGAUCAAUGACGGCUUUGGUCAGCCAUGGCUGCCGUGUCAUGGAAGGAGAUUUUACUUUUGACUGGACUGGUUGUAGGAUGUUACUGGAACAGUCUGUCAUGCGGCUUUGUGUUUGAUGACGUCUCAGCCAUCCUUGACAACAAGGACCUACGACCCUCAACUGCUAUCCGUAACCUAUUUCUCAAUGACUUUUGGGGAACGCCCAUGGCUGAGGAGCGGAGCCAUAAAUCUUAUCGACCCCUCACCGUAUUAACCUUCCGAGUCAACUACCUCUUCAGUGAGCUGAGUGCAGCUUCGUACCAUCUGCUCAAUGUGGUUUUACACGCUGUAGUGUGUGUGCUUUUCCUACGGGUGUGCCGAUUGUUCCUGGACAAGACUUCCAGCUUGGUUGCUGCUUUGCUGUUUGCUGUGCACCCCAUCCACACUGAAGCAGUCACAGGUGUGGUUGGCAGAGCUGAACUUCUGUCUUCAAUCUUCCUCCUGGCUGCUUUCCUAGCAUACACAAAAUCAACAGGUGCAGACCACUCCAUUGUUUGGGCUCCUAUUGCUUUGACAGUAAUUCUAGUGGCUGCAGCAACACUGUGUAAAGAGCAGGGGAUCACUGUCAUCGGCGUCUGCUGUGUCCAUGAAGUGUUUGUUGCACAAGGGUUUACCUUGCCCAUCCUCCUGGACACUCUGUGGCAAGUCCUCCAGGGGAAAGAUGGUUUCCCCUAUGCUGUCCUGCAAACUCUGCUGAAGCUCAUUGUACUCAUCAUCAGCACCCUGCUGCUUGUCAUCGUUAGAGUUCAAGUCAUCCAGUCCCAGCUUCCCGUCUUCACCAGAUUUGACAACCCAGCAGCAGUCAGCCCCACUCCCUGGAGACAACUGACUUUCAACUACCUACUCCCUGUGAAUGCAUGGCUCCUGCUGAAUCCCUCCGAGCUCUGCUGCGACUGGACCAUGGGCACCAUCCCUCUGGUGGAGUCGCUGCUAGACCUCCGCAACGUAGCCACACUGGUGUUCUACACCUUUCUGGGCCUGUUGGCUUACCACAGUCUGCGCUACAGACACAGCUCUGCCAAGAUUGUCAUUAUGGCCCUGUGUUUGAUCAUCCUUCCUUUUAUUCCUGCGUCCAACCUCUUCUUCCCUGUGGGUUUUGUUGUGGCAGAGAGGGUGCUUUAUGUGCCCAGCAUGGGCUUCUGUGUUCUUGUCGCACAUGGCUUCAAGAUUGUCUCGCACAAAGGCCACUUGAAGAAAAUUUCCUGGCUGAUGAUUGGAGUGCUUUUAACCACACAUGCAGUGAAAACCUUCAACAGGAAUUGGGACUGGGAGUCAGAAUAUACUCUCUUCACCUCUGCCCUUAAGGUCAACAAGAACAAUGCCAAGUUAUGGAAUAAUGUUGGCCACGCGCUUGAGAAUCAGAAUCAUUAUGCUAAGGCCCUGCGUUAUUUUCUCCAGGCCACUCGCGUCCAGCCAGAUGACAUUGGCGCACAUAUGAAUGUUGGAAGAACCUACAAGAACUUGAACAAGUCCAAAGAGGCAGAAGAUGCAUACUUGGUUGCCAAAUCCCUCAUGCCACAGGUUAUUCCAGGUAAGAAGUACGCGACCCGCGUUGCCCCGAACCAUCUGAAUGUUUACAUAAACCUGGCUAAUCUGAUACGGGCCAACGAGUCACGCUUGGAAGAGGCUGACCAGCUCUACCGACAAGCGAUAAGCAUGAGACCCGACUUCAAACAAGCCUACAUUAGCAGAGGAGAGCUCCUGUUGAAGAUGAACAAGCUCACAGAGGCACGGGACGCCUACCUCCGAGCCUUGGAGCUCGACCACACAAACGCCGACCUGUGGUACAACCUGGCUAUCGUCAACAUUGAAAUGAAGGACCCAUCGGAAGCCCUGAAGAACUUCAACCACGCUCUGGAGCUCAACCCACGGCACAAGCUGGCUCUCUUUAACUCCGCUCUUCUCAUGCAGGAAUCUGGUGACCCAAAGUUCUGGCCUGAGGCUAACCGCCGUUUCCUCACCUAUGUGGAGGAGGAGCCUGAAGAUGCGAAUGGCUACUUCAACCUUGGCAUGCUGGCCAUGGAUGCCAAUGAAAAUGAAGCAGCCGAGAGGUGGAUGCGUAAAGCCAUUGAUUUGCAGGCCGGCUUCCGCAGUGCCCUAUUUAAUUUGGCAUUGCUUUACUCUCAGUCUAAACGGGAGAUUGAUGCGCUGCCAGUGCUGGAUGAGCUACUGCACCACCACCCUCAGCACAUCAAGGGGCUAAUUCUGAAGGGCGACAUCCUCAUGAACCAUAAAAAGGACACCCGUGGCGCUAAAACCUGCUUUGAGCGCAUUCUACACAUGGACCCCACCAACGUCCAAGGCAAGCACAACCUGUGUGUGGUCUACUUUGAGGAGCGUGACCUGCCGCGGGCAGAGCGCUGCCUGGAGGAAACACUAGCCCUCGCACCAAACGAGGAGUACGUGCGUCGUCACUUGAGUAUCGUACAGAGUAAAAUGGCUGCCAUGAGCGCAGCGGGGAAACCACUUUCUUCAGCAGAGGGAGCCACCACGACAGCCAAAGAGGAAAAAGUGAAGAGAGUCAUUGGGGGAGUGGAGGCGGCCACUGAGGGCGAGGAGGAAGGGAGGGGUGCUGAUGCUGUCGGAGCGGGGGCUGGGGAUGAGAAGAAUGUGCGGAAAUCCUCUGCAAAAAGCCUUGUGGGUGUGAGCGUGGACAAAUCAGAGUCUUUGGACAGUAGCCAGUCUGACAAACGGACUAAGGGUAAGUCCACUAAAGAGAUUAAGGAUAUAGAGGAGAAAAGAGCAGCUGCCUUGAAGAGACUCGAGGAGAUUGAACGAAUAUUAAGCGGCGAUUGACGUUGUUGUAAUUUACUGCCGGACUACUUUUUAUAGAGCUCUUUAUGUAUUCGUUAUCAAUUGCCAUUUUAUUUCUUUGAUUUAAUCCUGUGACUGCAGGCCACUCAGCAUGGUCCUGUUCUAACACUAACUGUGUAAAGAAGGGAAAUGUUGAUCUACACAUGAGACUCUUAACAAUAAGCACAAAGUCAAUUUGGGAUCAACUAUUUAAAGCUUAUGGCAGAUGUACAUGCCAGUGUGUGUGUGUGUGUUUGCUAUAUUUGAAUGCAAAUUCUCCAGCAGUUAUAAAUCCACACUUUUUUUUUUUCUUUAUGUGUAUUCAUAUUGUUUUGUCACUGGAUAUUUGUGUUCUUUUUUUUUUUUCCACCAAGGUGUGACUCACUCCUGUGUUGUUGUUUUCUUCAAAAACAGAUUGAUUGUAUCACGGACAAUUAAAGGAAAUGACAUGUUCCCCAGAUUUCCUCAAGGCGGGAUGAUAUGUGCAGAGUCUGAGGCUCGAAAUAAGCCGGGCCACACGGAGCAAAACAUCACUGACUGCUCGGCAUCAACACCAGGUCUAUGAUCCAUUUCAAUGUCUACAAGUCUUUAUUGAUCUCACUCAGCACUUCCUGCCAAAUACAUCAUCAGUGUCUGCGCUCACAGCUGCAAUGCACUGCAAAAUUUCAUUGUGAUGCCAUCUAAAGACUAUUAUCUCAUUCCCUUUGUCACAUUACCCCCCUGCAUCCUCACGUCUCUCUGCUACCCUUUAGAUACUACAGCGUUAUUUCAUUAGAGAUGAGUGUUUUUCCUGCUGUGAAUGUGUUUUUUUCUUUUUUCCUCUGACCUGGAAACACCCAUUUUAAGUGACCGUCAACAAUGAUGUACUCUCAUCAUCAGUCUCCUGCUUCAUCAUGUGUUCUUCAUUUUCCUUCCGCUUCACAAGAGUAAUUUUCACAGCACAUUUGCAGAAAACAGAUCUUUUCCUUCAGACCGCUCCAGCACUACGCUGAUGCCACGUACUGAUAGUGAAAUAUUAUUCAGAUGUUCCACAAUUUCCAAGAACGGGUCAACAAGAACUUGUUUUGUUUGUGUCCGUUUCAGUCGGUGUGAACUGCAAAAGGUUCUUUUCGACAUUUAAAGCUACACUAGGCAAAAAACUUGAUUGUUGCGUGUCAUCCAAACGUAAUUAAAAAUAAUCGCAUUGUGGGAUUGCCCACCCACUGUCCUCGUCAGAUGAGCCCAGACAGAUGCUCUUGUUUCAUAUCCAACGAGUGAACCUGAGGCAACCUCUGUUUCUGAAACACUACUGAUAUUGACAGGUGUUUUAUUGCAGUUAUUUUAGUGACUCUUUAUGUGUUAUACAGUUGGCUACAGUGGCAGCCUGUGGCAGCCUGUGGCCAAGUGAAAAGGGAGCUUGGCUUGUAAAUGGAAGGUCGCCGGUUCAAGUCCCCACCAGGUCGAAAGGGCUGGGGUACCCCUGAGCAAGGUACCCAACCCCCAUUGCUCCCCGGGCGCUACUCAGUGUGGCAGCCCACUGAUCCUAAUUCUAGGAUGGGUCAAAAUGCAGAGAAUAAUUUCCCUUAUCCUUAAUAAAGUAUCUAAAAUUAAAAAAAAAAAAAAAAAAAAUUUAAUUAAAUUGCUUGAUUUACAUUAUGCUGAAAAGUUAUUUUGCAAUCAAUGAUCAAUAAUGCUGUCUACAGUACGAAUACUGUACUUUAAACUGAUGAUGGCAAAUGCACACACUCAUUACGGUCUAAAAAAAUAAAUCCUUGGAUAAAACCACAGCCUCUGGCUGCUUUUCGAGAGGUCUGACUGAGAGGCCCAGUAAUCGAUCAUCAGUGGAGACGAACAUGAGUAGACCUGUGAUUGUCGCUGUGAGCCAGCGUCGGAUUCGCCACGCUUGUUACGGAACAAAUUGAGUAGAACUGUUCCUUCCGUUUGAUCUGACGUGAACUCCCAUGAUCAUGUUUUCACUCUCACUGUGCAAUAAUUGUUUUUAGUCCGGUGACUCGGCACAGUGCAAUUCUCCAGUCUGAUUACUGUAAUUUGAGAGCACUGUGGUGGUACUGGGCAGCUCUCCUAUGCAUUCUCCCUGAAUUUCUAUGUACAUAUAUUUACAGUGUUCAUGUAUCCAGUGUUAUUUAUUAUUAAUUUUUUUUUUUAAUAUGCACUGCAAAUACUGUGGAUGUUUUUUGUUUACCAAUGACAGUAUACUUUAAACUCAUGGUCGUGUUGCUUCAUUUAAAUAAUCGCUAAUAACGGUCACCGCGUCAACAACUAAUGAAUUGUUGAAUCAUGUAUGAAAUAAUCGACUGUCUGCCCUCCGAAAAAGUAGGUACGGCUUUUCUGAAUAAGGAAACUUUAUUCUGUCACCUCGGGUUUUUUUCUGAGCAACUGAUUUUUCUAUGAUUUUUUUUUUUUUAUGCAAUAGCCCUUGGUGGUGGGGUUCUAGGUUAUUAAAUAAACUGAGACGAUGUCUCGUCA